AUGUUUGCAAAUACAAAUACAAGUGCAGAUGUAACAGGCUAUAAUACAGGGGAGGUUGCCGUUAAAAGGGGAUCAGGAACCACAAAAAUUAGAAAAGGCCAAACAGAAGAAGAAUUUCAAGAACAAAAAAAACAGUUUUGGGCCACGGGACCAUCUGUAUCAAAGACGGAUAUACUAGCAGAGCUCAUGUCCGACUUAUCGCUUUCGAAAAAUGAAGGUUCUGCACUACUUCUAAACAAGAUGGAAAAGAUAGAUAGGGAAAAGGUGUUUUAUUAUCUCAACAGAUUAUAUUAUGACCGCCAAUAUGACGUUUGCCUACAAAAGAUCGAUUAUUUAGAAAAGAAUAUGAACAUACCGCCUGAUUUUAACUUAGCAUUAAAGAAGAACCGUUCAGUGGCACACGUGCUUAGGGAUCUUCAAGAUUUGAGAGAUAGGUGCCAGAGUCAUCUCCCUUGA